CUGCUCCAUCGACUAUCGAUUUCCUCCUGUCGAUCGCCAUCAACGACCCAAUCUCCGAUCCGUUCCGGCCAAUUACAUUCCUGGAUUCUCUCCGAUUUUCAGCUGAAUAUUUGAGCUGAACCGAACAGCUGGAGUCCAAGGGGCUAUAACUAGGACAGGCAGCCCAAUAUGCCGUGUGUCCAGACAAGCAACCAUGCGUUUCUUUCCCUCCCACCUGGCUAGUGCUGGCCUUCUGGCAGCCGCGGCUGUCUCUGCUAUUCCUGCCGAUAUCCCCGCAGAGGACAUUGUCACCCGCGAUGUUGCGAUUCUCGGAGGUGGCGCAACUGGCACAUACGCAGCCGUACAGCUGAGAGAGCAAGGCCAUAGCGUGGCUCUCGUGGAGAAAAAGGAACGCCUGGGAGGCCAUGCUGAGACCUUAUAUCUGCCAAAUGGAAAAUACGUCAACUACGGAGUGGAGGGAUACUUCAACAACAAGAUCACCAAGGACUUUUUCGCCCAGCUCAACGUCGACCACGAACUCCUGCUGCCGGGUUCUAUCAUCAGCGAGCAUGUCAACUUCAAGACGGGAAAGAAGGUCCCGCCUGGAAAUGGGAUCCUAGGCACUGUCGCAGCAGCUGCCCUCUACCGCGGCGCGAUCGAGCAGUUCCACUAUCUGUCCACUGGCGCAUACUAUCUCCCCGACGAAGUCCCCGAAGUGCUUCUCCGCCCGUUCCGGGAAUUCGUCAAAGACCACGCGUUGCAAGGAGCGAUGGAUCUGAUUUUCACAUUUGCCGAGAAUGUGGGCAACCUCUUGGAUACCCCAUUGCUGUACGUGAUUCAGAACUUUGGCAUUCCCCAAAUCGACGCCCUGCUGGGAGGAGGAUACAUCCGGCCCAAGAACGGCACCAACGUACUCUUCGACAAAGCAGCCAACUACAUCGACGAGCAGAACAUCUUCUACGAGUCCACCGUCUCUCAGGCAACACGCAAUGCCACCGGCGUGGAACUAGUCAUCCAAAGCGCCAAUGGAAGUCGCAAGCUCAUCCGGGCAAAGAAACUCCUCAUCGCCUUCCCACCCACCCCAUCCAGCCUGAAGGGAUUCGACCUCCGUACUGAAGAAUCCUCCCUGUUCGCCAAAUGGUUCCACAAGAACUACUACGCAGCCGCAGUCACCAACACUGGCAUCCCCGACGGCAUCAACGUCGCCAACACCAACCCUGACAACCAGCCUGGCAGUCUCCCUCUUCCUCCAUUCCAGUGGGAACUCGAAUACUCCGGCGUGCCAGGAUACUUCAUGACCAAGAUCGUUGCCGAAGCCAACUUCACCGCGGAGGAUGCCAAGAACAUGGUGAUCAACGAUAUCAAACGCAUGGGCGAGGCAGGCACCUACUCGACUAAGGAGCCUGAGAUUGCAGCAUUCGCCUCUCACUCGCCUGAGACGCUGAUGGUUCCUAUUGAUGACGUGCGGGAUGGGUUUUAUAAGAAGUUGUAUGCGCUGCAGGGACAGCAGAGCACGUACUACACUGGGUAUACAUUCUGCACGGAUUACUCGACGGUGCUGUGGAACUAUACCAGCAGUGUUUUGGAUAUGAUGCAUUUGUAAUUGAUACCUAUACAUAAUAGUACAUUCAUAGACGACUGUAUUUGAAUAGGUCAACCCUGUAGAACGGACACCUACAGUCCAACCACCAUUAUCGAAAUACAAUUCACAACAGAGUGGAACUAAAUUAGGAAAUCGGUGUGCCCCAAAUAUUAUGAUUAUUCAAAACCUAAAUCCCAC